GCUGGCGCCACGUAUAUGAGGGAGCAUGGCUGCCUUGUGAACCGCUAACAAGCCCUUGGGUUUCGCGUCACAGGGCCGGUGCUCUUUCGAAUUCGUGGAGGCUGAGGCCAAACUAAUACUCCUGUGGAUUUUUUUCUGCCGGUGCUUUUGAAACAUGGUGCAGAUGACGAUGAUUGCCAGGGUUUCCGAUGGACUCCCAUUGGCAGCGUCUAUGCAAGAAGAUGAAAAGUCAGGAAGGAGUAUCCUGGACUACCAGAACCAAGCGAAGAUGCUAUUCAGGAAGCUUACUGCCCAGAGUCCCCGCCGAUGCACAAUUGAAACAGGACCUUACUUGUUCCACUACAUGAUUGAACUUGAUGUUUGCUAUCUUGUCCUGUGUGAGAAGACUUUCUCAAAGCGACUUGCCUUCUCCUACCUGGAGGAUCUUGCAACAGAAUUUCAUUCCUUGUAUGGCAAGAAGGUUCCAACUGUCACUCGUCCUUAUACCUUCAUUGAGUUUGACACCUACAUACAGAAAGCAAAGAAGGCCUUUGCUGAUUCCCGAGCAAGACGCAACUUGGCAAGUUUGAACACAGAGCUCCAAGAUGUCCAGAGGAUAAUGAUGGAGAACAUUGAUGAUGUCCUACAGCGGGGAACUGCAAUUUCAGAGCUGGAAGGUAAAGCCCAAGGACUUUCAGUGCUCAGUCACAAAUACAAGAAAGAUGCAAGAUACUUGAACUUGAGUUCAACAUAUGCCAAAGUGGCUGCUGCUGGUGUUGUGAUCCUGGUGAUAUUCCUAUAUUUCUUUAUUUUUUGAAAUUUAUCAUCACCUAUCAUGACCUCAAGAUCAACUUGAGGUACUUUUUAUGGAAAGAUGGGAAGUUUGAAGUAAUCUUGCAAGGUUUCUUGGAUUACAAUUUAUUCUUGAUCGAUUUUUUAUUUCUUAUUUAUCCAGGUGUUGCUCACAAAGGCUUCCAAUGAAGAUGUCACAAUAGUGUCAUCUAAAAGGUGAAGAAUUGUGAAACUUUCAUUCCAGUGAAUAUCUGGCCAUGCACAGCCGUUUAUUUGAAUGAAGCUCAUAUCUUUCCUGAAUUUCCCUCUAUCAGUGUUUAUGUCAAGGAGAAAGGCCAAGAAUUUGGUUUAAGUUAGUUCUGUUGCUCUUCUACUUUAUUUAGGUGUAAUGUUGGACUACUUGGAGA